GUUGUCAAGUAAAGUGUUUUAUUACAAAAGGUAGGAAGUGCAGUGCAGUGUAGUGAGUGAACAUUGGUCCUUCGAACCGGAUAAUCGUGAGUACAGUGACAGUGGAAAUGUGAAGUGUCAAAGACUUAGUUAAUUUUCGCGGUAACAAACACUUAGAAUAUUUCGCGUGAAAAAAGACAUAGUGCAAUUUCGAGUGAAUUUAGGACUUAGAAAAAAACCGCUGAAAAAACACUUAGAAUAAUUCGCUCAAAUUUGGACAUAGUCGAUUUUGUGAUUCUUGGACAUAGCGUAAUUUCGGUUGAAAAAUGACUCUGAAAAAAGGUGUUCAAAAAUAAACUUUGAAUAAAAUAGACUUUGAAAUCUGUCAUUCACAUAGCAAAAUUGAACAAUCAUGGCUAACAUAGCAUCACAAGAAGAACUUUUUAGUCAGAUUAAAAGACUUCUCACUAAUCACAAGAAAACUUCGUCAACGCGUUACACAGCGAGUUAUUUGAAAACACGCAUAGAGUCGCUUGAAGAGUAUUGGAAUCAAUUCCUUACUGAACACCGAGAAAUUUUAAAGUCUUCGGUUAACGUCGAAGAGAAAAAGGAAUUGAAAGCGCUUUAUAAUGAUGUCGAAGAUUUCUAUAUGGAGUUCAAGACUAGUUUAUUGGAACUGACGGAACCUGUCACAAUUCAAGAAGGUGCCUCUCCUCAAGCGCCUCAUACAUCACAACCUCAAGUUGUCACAAAGAGUAAACUCCCGCCGAUAAACCUCCCUUCGUUUUCCGGUGAUUACCAAGAAUGGAUGCACUUCAAGGAUUUGUUUAUCUCUAUGGUACACAAUGAGCCGGGUCUGAGUGACACACACAAGCAUCAUUAUUUGAGGUCAAGCUUGAAGGGUGAAGCAGAACAAGUCGUCCGUCAUUUCGAACUCACAGCUGCCAAUUAUAUGAAGGCUUGGAACGCCUUAGUCAGCCGCUACAGCAAUGAUAGAGUGAUAGCUAAUACCACACUGAAUCGCCUGCUCAAUCAGAAGAAACUCACGUACGAAUGCUCUAAAGGCCUCAAGGAUCUUCUUGAUACUACAAACCAGUGUCUCAGUAGUCUAGCGAAUUUGAAGAUUGACACAACUACUUGGGAUUCGAUUAUCGUGCAUGUUGUAGUAUCCAAGUUAGAUAGUGAAACUCACAAAGAUUGGGAGCAAUCACUUGGGUCUUCUAUAGAGUUACCCACUUAUAAGAAGCUCAUAUCAUACUUAGAGGGACGAUUCAGAGCGAUGGAAAUGGUACAAGCGACACAGAAGAAAGAUAAGAAAGAGACCACAUUUCAACAACCAGCUACUGCACCUAAAAUAAAGAAUGUGAGAUCUUUCACCGCUGAAGUUGAUACGGAAUGCACAUAUUGUAAGAAAAGUCACUACAUCUGUCACUGCACUGAAUUUGCACAACUCGAUAUAGAUCAACGUAAAGAAUUUGUAAAGAACAACAACUUAUGCUUCAAUUGCCUUGUCAAAGGACAUUCCAUACGGAACUGUAGACAAGCCACAACAUGUAAAACCUGUAAUCGCAAACACCAUACGCUUUUGCACUACCAGAAUAUAGCUGCGAAUACAGUCACAAUGGAGACACCCACAGAACCGGAAGACACACAAAUUAAGGAACUCACAAGUCUUAAGGUUUCACAAGAAGGCAAGAGAGUGAUAUUAGCCACAGCACAGAUAUAUUUGAAGGAUAGCAGUGGUUCUCUAGUACAACUUAGAGCCCUAAUUGACCAAGGCUCAGAAGGCAACUUCAUUACGGAGUCUGCAGUGCAACUGCUACGACUGAAGAAAACUUUCCAGCCAGCUAAUAUCACAGGUCUUGAAAAUCAAACCUCACUACCACGACACGUCGUUAACUUAGAUAUUUACUCACCGAUAGACACUCACUAUGUAAUGCAAGUUGACGCUCACGUACUCUCGAAGAUAAAUAGUUGGUUACCCUCAAAGGAGUUUGACAUCACACAAUGGCCUGCCCUGUCCCAAUUGCAACUAGCGGAUCCUCACAUGCAAUCGCCGGGACCUAUUGAUGUUCUACUGGGCGCCGAGGUCUAUGCAUUUAUUUUGCUAGGCGGACUUCACAAAUAUAACGAUGACAAGCUUAUAGCACAAAACUCGAAACUCGGAUGGUUUGUCUCUGGAGCGUCUAAAUCACGAAGUGAUCUGCCACCUCACAAUAUUAUAGCACACCACGCACUUAUCGAGGUAGAUCAACUCCUACGCAAAUUCUGGGAGACUGAAGAGUACAAGCCUCAUGAGAAACCGAUGACACAUCUUGAGACACAAUGUGAAGAGCACUAUAAAGAAACUCACUCCAGACAAGAAGAUGGUCGUUAUGUCGUACGCUUACCAUUUAGAGAUGAUCACGAAAAGAACUUGGGCGACUCUCGACAAAUCGCACAACAGAGGCUAAUGCACAUGGAGAAAAGAUUCGCAAACAAGCCUAAAUUUCAGAAAGAUUAUGCGGACUUCAUAGAUCAAUAUCAGAAGCUGAAUCACUUAGAAGAUGUAGACCCACAACAUAAGCCAGCUCACAAAGUCUACCAUCUCCCUCACCACGCUGUGAUAAGAGAGUCCAGCAGCACAACAAAGCUUCGUGUGGUCUUUGAUGGAACUGCACAGCCGUCAAAUGGCUCAUCUUUGAACGACGAAUUACUCAUCGGGCCAUCACUAUUGCAAGACUUACGCGAUCUUAUUGUUCGUUGGCGUACUCACAAGAUUUGUCUGCUUGCUGACGUAAAGCAAAUGUAUCGCCAAAUACUAGUCGCUAAAGAUGAUGUUGACUAUCAGCGCAUACUGUGGCGCUCAUCUCCACAAGAUGAAAUCGUCGAGAAACGGUUGUUAACUGUGACAUACGGUACGUCAUGUGCUCCGUUCCUCGCUAUUCGCACUCUGAAGCAGCUUGCACAAGAUGAAAAAGAGGAAUUCCCAGACUUAGUUGAAGUCAUAAGUAAUGACUUUUAUAUGGAUGACUUACUCACAGGUGCGAAUGACGUGGAACAAGCUACUAAGUUACAGAGUCGUAUCACACAAGCUAUGGCUAAUGGUAAAUUUGAAAUGCACAAAUGGGCAUCCAACAGUCCUGACGUCAUGAAGAAUAUUCCUAGCUCAGAGAAAACAAAUCAACCAAGUGUCGAGAUCAAGCUUGAUGAUACCAUCAAAGCUUUAGGUAUCAAAUGGAACUCACAUCGGGAUGUCUUCGAACUUAAGGUAGAUAUUUCAGAACCCACAGAACGUUUCACAAAAACGUCAGUACUGUCGGAUAUUGCUAAAUCAUAUGACCCUUUAGGUUUCUUAGGGCCUGUGAUUGUCACUGCAAAAAUGUUUUUGCAAAAACUUUGGUUGAGUGGUAUUGGCUGGACUGAUGAACUUCCUCUCGAACUUGCCACAGAGUGGUCAAGCUAUAGGGACCAGCUCUGUCGCAUGCCGACCUUGUAUUUAGAUCGCUGGGUUCACACACAAUUUGACGGCAAGGAAAGAGUGGAAAUUCACGGGUUUAGUGAUGCCUCUUGUUUAGCUUACGCUGCUGUUGUUUACUUGCGAGUUAUCACGCCCCACGGAAUCCACGUGUCACUAGUGAUUGCCAAGACAAAAGUGGCACCUGUAAAACAAGUCUCCAUCCCACGAUUGGAACUGUGUGGCGCGGUACUGCUCUCGAAGUUACUCAAAGAUGUUCAGCACAGUCUUCGUUUGCCUGAGGAAUCUGUCUUCGCGUGGACAGAUUCAAUGAUUGUCUUAGCGUGGCUUCGAAGAAACCCUAGCACUUGGAAAACGUACGUAGCUAAUAGAGUUACUGAGAUUGUUAAUAAUGUAAGUAGUGGCCGGUGGCACCACAUUAAAUCGGCAGAAAACCCUGCAGACGUUGCGUCGCGUGGCAUUCGUCCCGAUUUGUUUAAAGACUGCGAGUUGUGGUGGCGCGGACCAACUGUACUUCACCAAACGAAUGGUUUUGAUAACUGUCGCUCGCUCUCUCUCGACAUACCAAUGACACAACUAGAAUCCAAAGAAAAUUCGAAAGGAAAUGAUAGUAAGAUAGUAGCACUUAAAACUGGUGUAUCGAAUGAGAGUGAUGAUCGACUUACCUAUUUGGCUAGAUACUCUACUUUGACAAAAUUGAUUCGCGUUACAGCGUACAUAUUGCGAUUUGUAAAGCUGUGCAAAGCACACAUUGAUGCAAAACUUAAUCAGACAGUUCCUGAGACUUUUCCUCAGCAUCUUACAGUUACCGAAUUGAGAUAUGCCACCAAGGUUUGCAUUCGACUCUCUCAGGAGUUUUGGUUUCAGGAAGAGUUACAAAUGCUGAGAAAAGGCCAAAGGCUUCCAAAAUCUGAUGUUUUGACCCCCCUUGCCCCAUUUAUAGAUGAACAUGGCAUUAUUCGAGUUACAGGACGUAUACGUAAUGCCAAUGUACACUUUGAUACCAAAUCACCUGUCGUACUAACCUCUAAAUGUAAUUUAGCUGUUUUGAUUGUGAAUGAUGCUCAUAUUCAUUGUUUGCACGGAGGUCCUCAACUGACUCUGAAUGGAAUUCGUUGCAAAUAUUGGAUAAUCGGUGCUAAGAAUUUAGUUAGGAAAGUUGUUCAUAAAUGCAUUCCUUGUUUCAAACAGUCUGCAACACCGAUCAACCAAUUAAUGGGUCAGUUACCUGCGUGUCGUGUAACGCCAGAUAAGCCCUUCCGUAAAAGUGGAGUGGAUUUUGCUGGUCCAGUCCAGUUAAAACUGUACCCUGGUAGAUGUCAACGCACUUGUAAAGCCUAUAUUGCUUUGUUUGUGUGCACCGUGACCAAGGCCAUUCAUUUAGAGCUUGUGAGUGACUUGUCCACGGCUGCCUUUAUUGCCGCUUUUCGUCGUUUCACUUCUAGACGCGGUCAUUGUAGUGAUCUGUGGAGCGACUGUGGUACCAACUUCGUUGGAGCCUCUAAAGAGCUUGACACUAUGUUUAGGAAUAGGAACUCAGAAGUAGUUGGAGAAAUAUCUGAGAUUUUGGCAAAUGACCAAACUACAUGGCACUUUAUUCCUCCUGGCUCACCACAUUUUGGUGGACUCUGGGAAGCCGGUGUGAAAUCGAUCAAGUCUCACCUUAAGCGUGUUAUCGGGCAGACUCUUCUCACGUUUGAAGAGUAUUCCACACUUUUGACUCAAGUGGAGUCUUGUGUAAAUUCGCGACCGUUAACUCCCAUUAGUAACUCGAUUGAUGAUGCUUCUCCAAUUACACCGGGACAUUUUCUUAUAGGCGAAGCUCCUAUCACUGUUCCGGAAGAAAGUCUCACAACUGUGCCAGUAUCCCGUCUGGAUCGUUGGCAAUUGCUCCAAAGGAUGUUGCAAUCGCUUUGGACUCGUUGGAGUACUGAGUAUUUAACAACUUUACAAAACCGGUAUAAAUGGACCGUUACUAAUCCUGAUCCUGAUAUUGGAACAGUAGUUUUGGUCAAGGAUGAAAGACUCCCUCCCGGAAAGUGGUUGUUAGGUCGUAUAAUAGAUAAGCAUCCUGGUAGAGAUGGUUUGACACGAGUGGUUACGUUGAAAUUCAAAAAUGGUACUUUUCGUAGGCCCAUUGCUAAAAUUUGCCCUCUACCUCUGGAUUCUUAACUAUCUGUUAAGAAGAUUAAUGUGUUUUUAGUUUUGAGGAAUAGCUCUAUUUGAGUUUCACUGUGUAAUUUUAACCUUUACCAUUGAUUCGUGUAGAUUUUCACGUGUUACUAACUUCACUAUUCUUGUUUUGUUUUGUUUACAUGGAUCGUUAUGAAGGACAAGUCGUCCUUGGGGGCCGAUAAUGUUGAAUGUAGUAAUGUUUAGUUUUUAUAGUUGCCCAAUUUCACAAUAGAUGUCGCUGUUCUGUCGGCUACUUCGCGCUGUUAAGAUUUUUCCACAGCCCCGUAUAUAGUCAAUUUGGUUUCAGAAUAAAUGAGUAUUAAGUUGUCAAGAAAGUGUUUUAUUACAAAAGG